CUUUCUCUUCAUUUGCUACCCCUUGCCCUUUAUUUAUAAUAGUGGGUAGAUAUCCCAAUGAAGACAUAAAAUAUUUACAGUUUAACCUCUCAACUUAACACUAAUUACAGUUUGGGUUACAACUUCUAUUUAAUACUUCAUUGGCCCUCAAAUACAAUGCUAUAACUGAUCUUAUGAACCUAUAUUCUAGACAACAUUUUAACAAUAAGUUAUAAUAAUACUUAUAUCAUAUAAAUUAUACUAAUUUCACAUACACCCUUAUUUAUUUUAUUCUAACAUUUAUAUUUUUAACUAUUUUCACAUAUACCCCUAUAUUUUUUAAAUUUACAGUUUGCCCCACGUUUUCGUUUUCUACCUUUUUGAAAAAAUGCCCUUUUCCCGUUUUCGUUUCGUAGAACAACAAUUUUUCAUAAAAUGAGGGGUUAAAGUGCAACAUUUUAUAGUUCUGCAUCAUUUUAAGGCUCUCUAUUCGGGACGGCUAGGGCUGGGAGUUUGAAUUCCAGUUCUCGCAGUGUGGUGCUAGCUUCUUCGCAACUGGCGUUGAAUUCUUCCAACUCUUCAUUUUCCUUUCGUUUAGGUGAAUACUGUCCUCGUCUUCAGAGAUCUAGUAGUGUUUCUUCGUUUCAUUAUGCACCUUCUCGUUGCCAUCUUUGCGGCCUCUCAAAAUUAGGGUUUUUGUUUUUUUUUUUCUACAACUGAUUUUAGUAGUGUUUCUUCGUUUCGUUAUGCACCUUCUCGUUGCCAUCUUUGCGGCCUCUCAAAAUUAGGGGUUUUUUUUUUUUUUUCUACGACUGAUUCUAGCCUUGGUGCUCUGACAACUUUGCUAGAAAUUUCUACUCCGUCUUGCUAUUUCCCGAUCAGAUGGAGGUCAUUUACGCAAAGCUCUAUGAUAAGUACACUAAACUUAAAAUCAAAAAAGAGUCUGAAAUAGACAAAAUUAGCCGUGAUCAGGAAGUUAAAUUUAUGAACUAUGUUUCUGCUGCAGAUGAAUUGGUUGAACACUUGAGAAAUGAAAAUGACAGGCUACGUGCACAAAUAAAUGAUUUGAGACAUGAAGCAGCUUCAAUCAGGUCAACAAAGGAUGAACAGCAGGCUGCAUAUCAAAAGCUUUUAAUGGAAGAGGACCAGAAGAUUAAACAGCUUUCAGAAGAAAUUGAGAGGCUUCAGAACCUGCAAAGUGCAAUGGAUGAAAAAAAUGAAAAUGGGCAACUGAAUAUGUUUGGAAGCUCUCAAAUUGGAUCAGACACAUAUGAUGGUUUAAACAUGAAGGUCCCAAGAAAACGCAGCAGGAAUAAUGAGGCUGAUGCAGAAGUUAUGGUUAUUCCAUGCUCCAUUGAUCAAGUUCGGUGUGACCCUGUGAAUGAAACACCAAGUGGUCCAUCCAAGCAAAUUGUGUCUAGUACUAGUGAUUUGGACAUUGAUCAGCCUGAGUGCUGUAGAAGAAAGAUUGGCCUUUCAGGUGGUGUAGCUGCCACUGGUCCGUCCAACUGCAUUUUUCAAGAACUUACUGAGUGCUUACUUGACAUGAAAUUAUCCACUGCUACCCAAACUGAAGGAAUAUGUAUCUCAGCACUACAUCAAUCAAGUGGUUACUCAUUCAGUCUGACAUGGGCAAAUAAGGCAGGGGGAGACGAGGUGGAGGUGCUGUAUCGCGUGUUGUCGUUGGGUACAUUUGAGAGAGUGGCACCGGAGUGGAUGAGAGAGGUGAUUGUAUUUAGUUUGAGGAUGUGCCCUAUCUUUUUUGAGAGGAUAUCCCGAGUUAUCAAGCCUUGCUGAUGACAUUAAUGCAUCCUUUGCUACCCAACUUAGGAAUUAUAUUCUGUUUCUCCACCACAAGGCGGUCCUUUCUUUUGGGCUUAAUGUGCAGGUCAUGCAAAACACCAACAUCGUUUAUCUAAUUGCCAGAACCGAUCAGUCGAUUCUUCUGGCUUCUGUUGUAUUUCUGUCUAGUUUGAUUUUCAAACAGUAAACAUAUACUCGCAGGGAACAUAGUUUUUUGUGAUCUUGGUCGAGUUCAUGUUGCUGUCACAAGCUGUUUCUCUUUUCUUUUUCAUGUUAGUAGUUAGUGCAUUGUAAUGUUGUCUGCCAAAGGUGAGAUGAACAAGAAGUUGGCAAUGGCAUGUACUGGGUGAGAAGCAAUUAAGCACAUUUGUACUGGGUGAGAAGCAAUUAAGCACCUUAGUGCGACGAUGUUGGUCUGUA